UCCAACAUGGUACCGAAGGCAUUCCAGGCCGGUUAUGCAAACACUACGGCCUUCCGCAAGGUGGUCAAGGCGACCAUAUAUGUUAAGAAGAAGGAGGGCAUAACAGACGACGAUUUCAUUCAUUUCUGUAAUACCAAGCACGCUCAGAGCGCUGUUCCAAUUCUCUAGGGCCAUGGCGUCAUCAGCUACAGCUUGCAGACAUACCACCUCGAACGCGACAGGAAGAUGAUCCAGGACAUCAUGCAUGGCAAAGCACAGCUCUUGGACUAUGAUGCAAUUUGCACCUUUGUCUUCCCACACUACCUGGCACUCGCAAAGUUUCUCUACGAUAAAGAGGGAGCGGCGUUGAGCGGCGACCACGGGAACUUCAUGGACGGCAGCCAGACGAAGAUGAAGGUCGGUGACAAAUACGUGCUGAUCGAGGAUGGGCAGAGCGUGCAGUGACUGCGCGUAGCAGAAAAUACGACGCCGCCGUCGCUGGGUAUCAUUAAAAUACGUAAACCUGUAGAACGUGAUCGGAGCAGACGUGCAUAGAUCUUUUUACUUUCG